AUGGAGCUCAAGACGAUUCUGAUCCUUACCGCAAUCUAUAUUGCUGUCCGCGUAUUCCUCAAAACUCGAAACUCUUCAGCACCCAUCAUGGCCCACGGAAAGGUCUCCGAGAUCGACAACGCCGUCAUCUUCAAAGCCCUCACCUCCUCCGGCCCCGUCGUCGUCGACUUCUUCGCUACGUGGUGUGGUCCCUGCAAGGCCGUUGCCCCCGUCGUCGGAAAGCUCAGCGAGCAAUACCCAAACGUUCGGUUUAUCCAGGUGGACGUGGACAAGCUGCAAUCCGUGGCAAAGGACCUGAGCGUGAACGCCAUGCCCACCUUUGUGGUGUUCAAGGAUGGCAAGGAGGUUGAGCGUGUUGUUGGUGGAGACAUGAAGAAGCUCGAGGCCCAUAUCAAGGCGAUCACUGCAUAG